AUCUAAUACAGAUUCACCACAACGAAAUAUCACUGUUAGUCGACGACUCUAAGGGAAUUGGAGAUAUACGCUGUUUUUCUGCCAUAAUACCUUGUGCAUGAGUACAAUAUACGAUAAACUUCUACGCUGUUGAAGAUUCUCUCCCCGUCAUCAUGGUGACUCCUAACGGUACUUACAAACCGUCCCCAUUGUCAUUUGGGUCGCCUCGCACUUCUCCUUUUCGCAGACCCUCGACGCCCAAUUCUCCCUCGACGAUUGGCCGACCAAGCACACCGGGCAGUUCUCCAGGGAAAGGGCAUACCCCCAUUCAGUCCCCAAGCAAACUGAACCAGACUUAUACCGCCGAAGAUGAGGAUACUGCUUCAAGCAGCGCUGAGCGGAUUCCACAGCCAAAAUUUCGAGAGCCUCCGGCAUCUCCUACACCUACGGGCAGGACCAGUGGCCGAGGUAGUUUCUCUUCGACCACGGGGGCCAUGUCGGUCGCACGCGGUCCGAUAGAGAACGAUUCCCUUUCCAGACUGCCACCGGCGCAGUUAAGGGAGAUGCGUGAAGCGUUCCAAGUCCUCGAUCGCGAUAACGACGGAAUAGUGAACAGGGAGGAUGUCGCGGACGUUCUAAGAAACCUGGGUCAAGAUUCGUCGUCUGCAGCGGUUGGGCAGUAUUUCCCUCCGGGAUCAUCUCAGACGGUCAAUCUACCCACUUUCCUGAAUAGCAUCUCCACGUUAUUGGCUCCUUUGUCAUCUUCUCAAGAACUAUUGAACGCCCUCGCUGCCUUUGACGAUGAUGACAGUGGCCAGAUCGAUGUGGCAGAGCUGAGGGAUGCACUCCUGCACACGAGUCCUGAGGCUGGGGAGUCCCCUCUUAGCGAACGAGAGAUCGACGAAGUCAUAGCCGGAUUCACUGGGCGAAGAGCAUUCGGGCGGACUGCACGAAGCGGUGGCUUUGCGGGCGGUGCUAAGAAAGGGGACGUUUUCCGCUAUCAGGAGUUUGUUGCUAAUGUUAUGGGCGGCCCAGAUAGCGACAAAGCAGGCGCAAAGGCCCAGGUGGAUGCUGUGCGAUGGUGAGACAAAGUCGAAUCCAUUUUGCUUAUUCGGGGUUUCCUCGGGGUAGGUGUCAUGGAGUUCCGGAUUGGGAUGAACGAACAAAACGAACUAUGAUGGACGAAACAUGCAGCUGUCAUUCAUGUCUCACAUGCUUGUUAAUGUUACCUUUAUAUGCGUGCGAUUUGUGUAUUUCUAGAACAAUAAUACUGUUCCGGUAAGAUGGUAGACAUGUAUCCGAUUUACGAGCGGAAUCGACCAUGGGCAGGCAGUAAUACAGAACGAGAUAGAAAACGGACCGGGCCCUUUCCAAUAAUAAUGCUUGGACUGGCAAGUAUAGGCGGAUGCUCCUCCAGUAAGAGUAUCAUCGGAGGAUAAUCCAUCGAUGGUAUGGGAGCGGAUCGAGACCUAAACAAUUAGGUUGAUACUAAACAUCGUCGCAUGCGGCGCAAGGACCCCUCUCUGGCCUUCCCAGCCUC